AUGAUCGCCUCAGAAUCAAGCAAUGAAAAUUUGGAGGAGAACAUAGACAAACCUCAGAUCCUCCAAGAACACAGUGAAAAUGGCCAAGUUACGGAAACUGCACAACCAAUUGAAGAGCGAGAAGUACUGACAUCGAUACAUAUUCCUUGUCCCCCAGUUGGAACAUUGAAUGAAGUUAUUACAAAUGGAGUUAUUUUUCUUAUGAUUUGGUGUGUAAUGUGGUCAUUCUCUGGCUCUGAAGUUCUUCCUGGUGGAAGUUUAUUUGGAUUUUUAGCUAUUUUUUAUUGUGCUAUUCUUGGGGGGAAACUUUUGGAAGUCAUUAAAAUACCUUCAGUGCCUCAACUUCCACCACUUCUUGGGAUGUUAUUGGCUGGUUUUACUCUCAGGAAUAUUCCAUUCAUAAGUCAAUAUAUCUCCAUUAAUAGCACAUGGUCUUCAAAUUUAAGAAACACUGCUCUUACCAUUAUCCUAAUACGAGCUGGGCUUGGACUGGACCCACAGGCUUUGAAGCAUUUGAAAAAUGUAUGUUUCCGGUUGUCUAUUGGCCCAUGCAUUAUAGAGGCAUGUGCAGCUGCUAUUUUUUCCCACUUCAUUAUGAAGUUUCCCUGGAAAUGGGCAUUUCUAUUAGGUUUUGUAGUAGGUGCUGUCUCUCCCGCUGUUGUUGUCCCUUCCAUGCUGUUUUUGCAAGAUAAUGGAUACGGGAUUGAGAAAGGCAUUCCCACCUUACUGAUAGCCGCGAGUAGUCUGGAUGACAUCUUGGCCAUCACUGGAUUCAAUGCAUGCAUGAGCAUUGUCUUCACCUCCGGUAAUAUAUUCCAUCAUCUCCUCCUUUCCUUGAUGGAGGUGUUUGUUGGUGUGGUGCUAGGAGCUCUUUUGGGAUUUUUUAUUCAAUAUUUUCCAAGUAAAGACCAGGCAAGCGUUCCGUGGAAGAGAGCGUGCCUUAUUUUGCUUAUGUGUGUUUCCGCUGUCUUGGGCAGCCACCGCGUAGGUUUACAUGGCAUUGGAGGCUUGUGCACACUCGUGUUGACCUUCCUGUCAGGGAUUUCUUGGUCCAGAGAAAAGAUUAGAGUCCAAAAAAUCAUUGCAUCUCUGUGGAAUGUUUUUCAACCUCUUCUCUUUGGCUUGGUUGGAUCAGAAGUGUCUGUGUCAUCUCUUCCAUCAAAUGCUAUUGGUGUUUGUGUUGCUACCUUGAGUUUGGCACUAUUGGUGCGAAUUUUUGCCACAUUUUUAUUGAUGUGUUUUACUGGUUUUAAUGUCAAGGAAAAAAUAUUUAUUGCUUUAGCCUGGAUGCCCAAAGCUACAGUCCAGGCUGUAUUAGGUCCUCUGGCUCUGGAAACAGCAAGAAACGGCGGACACCGGCAUUUGGAAGGAUAUGCACAGAACGUGAUGACAUUAGCAUUCUUAGCCAUUUUGAUCACAGCUCCAAAUGGAGCUCUGCUUAUUGGCAUACUGGGGCCCAAAAUGCUUGCCCGCAGUGAUCCAAAACACUAUAAAAUGUCUGUGGAUGCAGUGUUACUACAUCAUUAAAAAACUUA